UGUUCCAAGCCCUGAGGCAGUUCAGGGACUCUUCUCUCCUUACUGACCUGACUCUGAUCACCGAGGAUGGGCAGUGUCUCCAGGCACACUCCCCUGUCCUGGCUGCUGUCAGCUCCCUGGUACACCAGAGACUGCUCACAUGGGACGAAGAGAUGGAGAGGAGAGAGAGGAGAGAUGUUGACGUGCACCCCGAGAUAUCCAUCAGUCUGGGUCCUGAGGUGGUGAGCGAGGGGCUGGCAGGGGUGCUGGAGUUUGCCUACACUGGGACCAUAGAAGCUCUGAACCGAGACACGUUGGCAAAGAUACAAGCAGCAGCUACAACACUAGGGGUCCCCAGAGUUUUAGAACUGUGCUGUGAAGAGGAGAAGAUAAAGACAGGAGAAGAGAAGGCAGAAAAUGAGGUUUCUGUUGAUGAUCAGAUGAAGCUCACUCUUCAGUCCAUCAGACAGCUGUGGAACGACAGAGUGGGCUGCGAUGUGGAACUUGAGAUUGGUGGGACAUUAUUUCAUGUCCACAGAGUACUCCUGGCCGCCAGUAGCGACUACUUCCGGGCAAUGUUUACCAGCGGUAUGAGGGAAUGCCAGCAGCUUUGUGUGGCACUUCCCUUCGUGGAGGCCGAUGAGCUGGAGGCCCUGAUUGAUUGCUCCUAUAGCGGGUCUCUCCUCCUCAACUGGGCGUGUGUUUUUGAAAUCACUGGCACUGCCCUUCAGCUGCAGUUUCAGUGUGCCCUUUCAAUGUGCUUCAGAUUUCUGAAAGAGGAAAUGGAUGCCCGCUCUUGUCUGGACGUGGUCUCCUUCGCUGAGGCUUAUGGGAUUGUUGAACUAACUGAAAUAGCAAAUGACUUUGUCUUGAGACACUUCCAAAAUGUGGCAUCUACCCCAAAAUUCCAAGACAUGCCAGCCGAGAAGCUUAGAAAAUACCUGAAAAGCAAUGCACUUUGUGUUCCCUCUGAGCUGGUGGUUUUUAAGGCCGUCUUGGACUGGAUCCAAGCCUGUCCCAGCCAAAGGAUUGGACUUACUAAAGAACUGCUGAAUAAUGUAUACUUUCCUCUUAUGACCUUCACAGAGUUCAAGGAAGUUAAAAAAGCUAAACUGUGGACAGAACACAACAUGGAAACUCUCUACCUUACUAUACUGGAUAACUUUUGCUCCUACAAUGAUGCACCUGGGACUCUGUGCAGGGUCUACCACCCCAAGGACAUACUAGUCUUGGUAGGUGGAGAUCAGAUCUCAGUUGACUUAAGCCGGCGAAUCCCCAGCCUAGAAAUGUGGAUGGUGAAUUCUCUGAGGAACUAUACGGGCAUUGUGAAAAAUUUAAAGUGGAAGUUGCUUGGAGAGAUGCCAACGAUACCAAGAUUAAGCCACGAGGUGGCAGUCCUUGCAGGGAAGUUGUACGUGGUUGGGGGACAGUAUUAUCCCGGCAGAGUUUUUGUUUUAAACUUGGUCUCCAGAUAUGAUCCACAUCAGAACAGCUGGGAGCGACUGGCAGACUUGCAAGAGAAAAGGUGUAACUUUUCCAUGGUUGUGCUGGAGGGGAUGUUGUAUGUCAUUGGAGGGGAUACUGAUCCAGAAAUUAACCUUGACAGCGUGGAGCGUUACUGUCCAAACACAGAUUCCUGGAGCUUUGCCCGACCCUUGGAUAUGACCUUGAGUUGCCAUGCUGCCACAAUGCUGGACGGAAAAAUCUUCAUCUCAGGGGGAUAUCAAUGCAGGUACCAGUGUCUCUCGACAAUGUUCACCUACGACCCUGACAGAGGAACUACCUUCCUGGCAGAGAUGAGCCAACCUCGAGCCUAUCACUGCAUGGAGACUUUAAAUGGCCAUAUGUACGUGGCAGGAGGACUCACUCUAGAUGAAAACAUGACAUCUAUCAACCAGUUGACCUGCGAGGUCUAUGACCCCGUUACUGACACCUGGAGCGCCUUCCCGAACCUGCCCAUCCCCCAUGUUGGGGCUGCCUCUGUGGUUCUGGAGGGGAUGUUGUAUGUGCUGGGAGGAUACUGUGAAGAGAACUUCAGGGAGAUCAGUCUGGUGCAUCGUUAUGAACCAACUUCACAUAACUGGCAGAACAUGGGCAAGAUGCCCGGACCCAACAAUGAAACACGAGCCUGUCUGCUCCACCUGCCUGACCAUUUAAGACACUAAAAUAAUGCUGAGAUAUAGAGUGGCACAGUUAUAAAAAGUGGCCUAAGCCCCGAAUAUUUUGUGAUCCUAGCAACACCUCUGCGAUUAGGGUUUGGGGUUGGCACAAGCGGUGGUCAAAUGUUCCUGGAGAGCAGCCAAACUUGUGUGUUUUUAUUCCAACCCUAAUGUUAAAACGCAAUACUAAUAAUUAGCUUAUUAUAACGAAAUACAUGUAAAUCUGAACAAGGCUUUACUCUUUCAUGACCAAAAAUGCAAACAUGAUAACCGUCAGCACUGUAAAUAGGGCUUGUUAUUCUUGUUUUGAUAGAUGGAUAAAUGGUUUUUACAAUAUUCAUACCACAAAAUUAAUCUUUUUACUUGCAGUAUUUUAGGUUUUGGAAUGUCUUUAGCUCUCAAUUUUUAUUGUGAAGCUAGUGUAUAUAAUUUAUGUAUUUAGAACCGUGUACUAGACACAGAUCCAAAAAGCAAGGUGUCUUCUGUUAAUGACUGCUCACCAUCUUGUAGAUGCUAUUCUGAGAUCAUGAAACAAUAAUAGUAAAGCUAGUGGAUUUGAAUCCAUUCAUUAUAAAGAGCGAGAAACAGUCAAUCACAAAGAAAAUCUAAAAAACUAUACAUUACGUUGUGCUUUUUUCUGUUUUGGGUUCUAUACUACAAGUUUAGAUUUUGAAGUAUAUACUCUCAGCUGUUAUUUGAAGAUACUGAUGUAUGUAUACAGAAAUGACAAUACUGUAUAUUUUUACAUUUGAGUCAUUUAGCAGAUGCGCUUAAAUCAGAUCCAAAGCGACUUGCAGUUAGUUAGGGUUGUUGUUGUUUGAACUGGCCUUUUCUUAUUGGUUUUCUUUUAAAUUGUAAGAAAAAAAAAACUGGUGAAUUGGCUUGUAGUUUGUUUGCAUUGAAUCAUAAACUCAAACCAUCAUAAAAUUGUAAUCUUUUCUCAGUUUCAAUGGGUCAUCAGAAGAGAUGAUAUUUAACAAGUAAUAUGUUAGUCAUUUGGAAAACUUAGUUGCUGUCACUCUCCUCUCCUAAACCCACACCUCCCUCGCUGCUAUAUAUUUCAGUAGAAUUGUUAAAACAUUGUUCAUUUCUGUCCUUCUAAUACAGCAUUGUC